AUGGAAGACUCGACGUCGUGGUCAUCGUCGUUGUGGCAUUCAGAGGAGGAUAACGACUUUAGUUUCGGGAUAGAAGAUCCCUUUGCCCUUGCCAAAUCCUUCAGGGCUAGGCGCUAUCCAAGUGACGAGGAUGAGGCUCCUUAUGAAAGUUUCAGUGUCGCAGAAAAUGAUCGGGUCGUCAUCGAAGACUGGUCGCAGACUGGUAAAGGUGCCCGUGUUGACUUUGACGACAGAGCGUCGUUUCUUGGCCAAGGUGCUACAGGAGACGUUCAUGAAAUUACGGUACAGGGAUGGAAGCUCGCGCAUAAGAAGAUAUACUUCACUCGAAGAGUGCGGGAGAAAGAGAAGAAGGAGAUAUUGAUCCUCACGAAGUUGGUUCAUGUUCAUAUCACUCAACUGGUUGGUACAUACACCCAUACGAAGAUACUGGGCGUACUCAUGUAUCCGGUAGCAGUGUGCGACCUGCACACAUUUUUUGAAGACGUUGAGGCAUGGUCAGACCUGGCGCCUAUGGACAGGCCAUCCGAUAUGGGAUUGGAUUCUCUCGAUCCAAUCCACAGGUCACGACUUGAAAGUCUUGGCUACAACUUCCCGACGAAGACGAAACAGCACAAGGCUACCAUAGUUUACUCAAAGAUUGGCUGUUCGGUGUCAGCUGUGGAGUACUUGCACGAUCAAAGAGUCCGUCAUAAAUACCUACCCUUCCAGCCAGUUCAGAAAGUGUCUAAACAUCCUGUAGGGUAG